AAAAAAUAUUUAUUGCACUUUGAAAAUCGGCCAGAGUGAAGUUGAUCACGAAUAUUUUAUAGCACUCGCGAAUGGUUGUCAAAUGCCAAUCCAUCAGUUCUUGUGUGUGAAUCUUGCUGUUCGCAUUUUCUUUGCUUUUCUCUACGGAAUUUACCCAAAAUAAGCAUUUGCAAACGUAUAAAUUGUGUAUGAAUAAAUUCCACUUGCGAUAAAGAAGUGCUUCAUUAUCCGUGGAAAUGGUGAAGAACAAAAGACAAGCUGACCCUGUGGUGGAGAAUGACGGAUCUACAACGGAGUCGUGCGAUGAGAAGCAGAUCAAUAGCAACCAGAGUGGAUCAUCGUGUCCGCAUGCAAACAAAUCUGUUGAUCAAAAUCGCCUGCGGAAGUUGCUGAAGAGCAGCGGUCUGUCAGAGGAUUGCAGCGAGUGCAGCAAGACGUCCAGUGCGAAUUCCACUGCAGAGAAUGAGCUCGAGUCUUGCUUUGAGUACGACUCGUCGCUCUGGAUGUGUCUCAAGUGCGGCAGCCACUUGUGCGGUCGAUCGCGGCGACAGCACGCCCUGAAUCACUACACAACGCCCAGGUCUGACCAGCACGCUCUUGUGGUCAACACCACCACUUUUGUGGUGUGGUGUUAUCUGUGCGAUAACGAAGUGAAUCCUUCCUGUCCAAAGAAGCUGUUCGAUUGCGUGGACUUCCUGAAGAAGGAAACGGCAAAGGUGCAGAGCGCCAAGUUGAACAACAUCGAGGACAAGAUUGUCGCUGCCCUGGAUCCAGUAAAGCCGCUGCUGAGUGAAUUUGCCGACAACACCGUCACUUCGACUGCUUCCUCUUCGCCACAGAGCAAAGUGCCGUCCGGAACGAAUUGCACUGUCAACGUAAACGACCUUCCGCGUGUUCGUGGUCUCAAGAAUCUUGGGAACACUUGCUUCUUCAAUGCCGUUCUCCAAUGCCUCGCUCAAACGCCCUACUUAGCUGAAAUACUCAAGGAAUCCGCCGAACCUGGAGAACAAUUCCAGCUCCCUGGCGGCCAGCUCAAGCUUACAGAUGGAACUGAGGUGAAUCUAUUACCAAUUUCGGGCACUCUCAAUGCAUGGGGCAAUCUCACCUCCACUCUGGCCGAGACCAUUGACGAACUGCGCGCUGGCGGCGGUGUUUACACGCCGCGGAAGCUUCUCAGUCAAUUGAUAGCCAAGUGGCCUCAAUUCUCCGGCGGAGAUCAGCACGAUUCGCACGAGUUGCUGCGUCACCUGCUCGAGAGUGUUCGCAGCGAGGACUUGCGACGCUAUCAAUCGGUCAUACUGCGUUCUCUCGGCUACAGCAGCAAAGUGGAUCCGCAAACAGUGGAGGGUGAUAUGAAGCAGAAGAUAAAAUUCUACGGACAACAGGCGGCAGAUCGGAUUCUGAAGCCUGAGCGUGUCUUCCGAGGCUUCCUCGUGUCGACCCUCAUGUGCCAAGACUGCUAUCACACGUCAUCGCGUCACGAGUAUUUCCUCGACAUUUCACUGCCGGUGAGCAUGGAGAAGCCGCAGCCACCGAUCAGGCGGAAGACCAGCCCUGAGCCUGAGCGCGUCCCCGCAAUGUCCAAGAGUCGGGCGAAGAAGGAGCGCGAGAAGGAGCAGAAAGCGAAGCGUCAGAAGCGGAAGAAAGCGCAAUCCUCCAGUCAAGAAGCUCCAGCAAAUGACGAUUCGAAUGCAGAAUCAUCUUCCAAUGAGCAAUCUGAUGCUGAUGUCGAGGACAAUUGUCAGGAGGAUGUGCCGAAAGCAUCCAAUCAAGCAUCACUUUAUGAUACGAAUGGCAAUGACACGGCAAAGAGUCCUGUGGAUCCGGAAAAGUGUGAUGACGCCCCGGAGAAUCCCAACAAGGAGGAGACGGAGUCUGGGGAUGUGACGAGGAGUGUUCUGGUGGAGGUGGGCAUAAGUGAGGACGGCGCAAAUAAUCUGGUGAGGCAGAACAGCAAGACUGGCGCUGCGCCUGUGAAUGAGAUGAAGAACCUGUCCAUCAAUGCCAAGUGGAAGUACGAGGAUGGCGAUGAGGACGCCGAGGCGGACGGUGAGGAUGAGAGUGUGUCGCUGAAGAGGAGACAAACACGCACGCGAACGUACAGUCAUGCGGACUGGAACACGACACUGGCCACGAGAUAUCAAUGCGAAGACGGGGAGUGUUCUGUGCAAUCGUGCAUGAAUAAUUUCACGGCACUGGAAUUGAUGACGGGCAACAACAAGGUGGGAUGCGAUGCGUGCACUGAGCGACUGAAUGGGAAGGGUGGCAAGACCAUCAACACGAAUGCAACGAAGCAAUUCCUCAUCUCCAGUCCGCCGGCAGUGAUGAUUCUUCACCUCAAGCGCUUCCAAAUUGGACCACGAUACAUGUCUCGCAAGCUGUGCAAGCCCGUCACCUUCCCCACUGUCCUGGACAUCGCUCCUUUCUGCGGAUCGAAGGUGAAGAACCUGCCGAACGUGGACAGGCGGCAGAAGAAGCUCAUGUACUCCCUGUACGGCAUCGUGGAGCACUCGGGCGGCAUGCGCGAGGGGCACUACAUUGCCUACGUGAAGGUGAGGCCCCAGAUGACGCUCGAAGACUACCGCUGGAAAUUCCCGCCGCAGGGCAGCAAGGCGGAACUGGACCAGGAGGACGAGGAGAGAGUGCGCCUGGAGGAGUCGCUGGAGAAGAGCAAAUUCGGUCUGGAUGACAGUGACGACUCGUCGUCAACAUCGGCUGACACGGGCAUUGGCGAGGAGGAGGGAGCUGUGGGCGGCAGCGAAGAGCCGGACGUGGAGCCACCGCCCGGAAAGUGGUACUUCGUGUCUGAUAGUUGCGUUAAGGAAGUGUCUGAAGAUGUCGCCCUCAAAUCCCAAGCCUAUUUAUUAUUCUACGAGCGCAUCUAUUAAGCUGUAAUAUUUCCAUCUCUAUAUAAUAAUGCAAUGGCAAAUCUUCAAGAUCUUUGAUGAUUUUGUGUACAAUUUAAUCACACCUUCGAUUCAACUCCUGUUUGAGAAUGUUUCGCCAACAAGAUUCGCGCUGUUGAAAAUUUUAUUGCGUGUAUGCAAAUGAAAAUAAAAAUUAUGCUGAUAAAAAUAAAGCGUGAUUGAAGAAC